AUGGAAGGUGCUUGUGUUUGGGAUGAUUCAAAUCAAAACGUUGAAAGUUCCAUUCAAGAUGAGUUGAAUGCCUUACAUAACUCACUCACUCAAUCAAACAUCAUUACUCACGAUGAAACCACUCUCAACAACCCAAACAACCCCUUCCAAGUCUCUCAAAGGCCGUCUGUCGCUGAACUCACCGUAAAACACCUGAAACUCACCCUGAAUCUUCUAGUUUAUAACUUAUUUGCAAAUAUUCACCACCAACACUCCUCCCAACCCCUACAAAUUAGAUGGAUUGAAGCUUACUUCCCUUGGACUGGCCCUUCCUAUGAACUCGAGGUUUUAUGGGAUGGCAAGUGGCUCGAGUUACUCGGAUGCGGUGUUAUGCAACAACGCACCCUUCAACGGGCAGAUAUGCCUCACAAAUCUGGUUGGGCUUUCGGUCUCGGUUUAGAGAGAAUUGCUAUGGUUCUCUUUGGUAUCCCUGACAUAAGACUAUUCUGGUCACUCGAUAGUAGAUUCCUUGAGCAGUUUGAGCAGGGAAAAAUUACCAAGUUUGUCCCUUACUCAAAAUACCCACCCUGCAUCAAAGAUGUCAGCUUCUGGGUCGAUAAACCAUUCCAUGAGAAUGACCUCUAUGAGAUUAUUAGGGAAAUUUCUCAAGAUCUAGUAGAAAGCGUUGAAUGUAUAGACAACUUCACUCACCCAAAAACUAACCGCCAUAGCCUAUGCUAUCGGAUUAAUUACAGAUCGAUGGACAAGAACCUCACAAAUGAACAGGCUAACGAGAUGCAUGCUAGGAUUGUACACCAGCUCACUCAGUCUUUCGAUAUAGAGAUUAGAUAA